GAGCUGCUUUCUCACAUCUGCAUGCGCCUGGAGGCCCAGCCAGCGGCGGCAAGCCCGGCAGCCGUCUCUGCGGCAGCGUGGGCUGCAGCAAGGCUCCAGCACACACUUCCCAUCCUCUCCACCGAGUACACCUUGGCCCGCAUGCACCCGCAGGAUGUCUCAAACACACUGUGGGCCGCAGCUGUUCUGCGGUGCGUGCGACUGUUUGCAUGUUCACCUUCCACUGGGAAACGCAUGCAGUGGUGCAGCCGGAGUAUCGCCACUACUCUGUGGGCGUAUGCGACGGUGCGAAUUUGCCCGCCUAGGGUCACACAUGGCGCGCUCAGCGACACCUUCGAUGCGAAGGCCACCACUGCUGGACCCCAGGACUUAGCCCAGUUUCUCUGGGCCUCGGCUACCCUUCGUCUGCCGCUUCCAGCGCUGGGCCAAGCGCAUUUCGGAGCCCUAAGUGGCCAGGCGGCUGCUACCAGCCUCUGGGCUCUCUCCACCUUGGAGCAGCCACAGCUCCUGCCAUCUCUGGCCCGGCAGGCAAUGCAAUCAGCUCUUUCUCCGUUGGAGUGGGCGUAUAGCCUCUGGGGUCUGGCGAACGCUGGGAUCAAUGAGCCCACGUUCUUCGAGAUGGCGAAGGUACAGCUCAGCCAUCCAGGAGCUCUGGAAUCCUUGGCAGCGCAGAACUCGUCAGGUGCGUUGCUGGCGAAUGUUGCGUGGGCCUUCGCCUAUGCCGCAGCGCUUUUGGGAAGGCAGGAGAACGACGACGAGUUUCUUCAGUCGAUUCGAGUCGCUAUGCGAAGGCUGGGCGCUGAAAUGGGGCGGCGCUCGGCAGUACAGGAACAGAGCUCCAUGCUGCCAGACUCUGGUGGCGAAGCGCCACGACUGGAACACCACUCGGGAGGAGUGGCUGUGAUCUACAAGCCUCCAGGGUGGGAGGUGGACGGCGGUGAGACGCGCCCGACUUCGAAAGCCAGAAGGCUUUCCGAUUUUGUGGCAGCCUCGCUGGCAUCCGAAACCGUGGGCAGUCAGGACCAUGGAUUCGGAGGGCGCUUGGAUGUGGCCUCAUCGGGAUUGGCCUCUUGGCAUUCUGACUCCAUGACCGGUUCAAUGUUGAACCUGGCAGGGUCAGAAGGGAUUGUCCUUCACAAGGCCCCUGCCCGAAACGUGUCCGCAGGACCCACCGGAAACAUCGCUUCAAGCAUUUCUUACAGAAGUCUGCAUCGGGGCCCGCCCCCCAAAGCCCUACUCUAA